AUGGUUUGUGGUUCUGCUACGGCCGCCGUGGAGGUCAGUCGUGGACCAUUCUGCGGGAAGGCUGAUGCUACUGUUGUUGUUCAAGAGAAGGUCUGCCGCUCCUGUGAGAGGGUCACUGUGAAGGGUUCUCUUACUCCAAUGCAGCUCGGUCGGGCUUCCAUCGUUGGAGCCGGUAUCGAGCUGGAGGCAUUAGCUCCUGGACAGGGCAUGAACCAGUACUCAUGUAGCCAUGUUAUGGCUCCACCUCAAUACACUGCUAUGGGCACUCUAGUUAUGCAAUGUGCUUGCCAGGAAAAGGUACGGAAAAAUGAUGAUGAUGUUGUUGCUUCGCUCCGCUAG